UGGCCCGCGGAGGACUCGCCUCACCGGGGCGCGCUCCGCUUCCCGAGGGAGGGGCGCGCGGACUCUCCGUGCCGGUGCCGAGACCUUCCCGGCCGCGAGCGUUCUCAGGUCCGGGUCGCUGACGCGCUGCCCUGACGCACUUUGGGGGGUGCAGGCGGAAGCCCCCCGACUUGCUACCGCCUCUUCCCUGCGCCUUCUGGGCUCCCGGGCGACCUGGGACUUGAGGCCGGAAACGAAUCCGAGCCUCGGGGCGCGGGGAGAAACAGGCACGUGUCCACCCACUUCCCCGUGCGCCCCCCGGAGCUAAUUUGAAAGGAGAGAGACGACCUCUAAAAAGGCGUGUGGAAACAUCUCUCAGUCUGUGUAACUGUGUGCAAGCAGCGAAGGGAAAAUUGAUCCCCAACAGAACUAACAAAAAUUGAAGCAGGUUAUGUAUGUGUCAUCGGUUCUACCCAGAAUUCGAAGAAUCCUCCUUUGAAUUGAAGGACUGUGUGCCUUUCUUGAGAGGAUGACUUUUCAGUUUAAUUUUACUAUAGAAAACCAUCUGGAAAAUGAAUCCACACCCCCUGGAGAUGGAGCUUUGGCCCUGGAUUCCUCCGAAGAGUCUUCAGUCUCAGAAAGUAAAAAAGGUCGACAUAGGAACAGAAGACGUUCUACAGAAAAGCUUGAGUGGCCUCAGGAUCAUUUGUUGGAGCAUAAGCCAGUGGGCAGCGCAGCUCCCUCUCAAGACACAGACGGCUCAGUCAGUGCAGCAAACAGCUCACGUAACCUGGAGCCCCAUGAAAACCAUCCCUGCAUGAGAGUGGCCAAAGAGCAUCCUAUGCCCGAAGAUUCAACAAAAGUGCUAGAAAACAAAGUUGUGGAAACAUUACCAGGUCCCCAACAUGUUAAUGUAUCCGUCAUGAAAACUGUCUUGUUGAAAGAGAACGUCCCUGGAGAAAACAUAGUGUCACAAAGCAUUUCUUCUCACUCUGAUCUGAUUUCAGGGGUUUAUGAAGGAGGCUUAAAAAUCUGGGAAUGUACCUUUGACCUACUGGCUUAUUUCACAAAGGCCCAGGUAAAAUUUGCUGGGAAGAAAGUGUUGGAUCUUGGCUGUGGAUCCGGGUUGCUCGGUAUAGCAGCGUUCAAGGGAGGGGCCCGAGAAAUUCAUUUUCAAGAUUAUAACAGUACGGUGAUUGAUGAAGUAACCUUACCUAAUGUAGUGGCUAACUUCACUGUGGAAGAUGAAGGAAAUGAUGUCAACGAACCGGAUGUGAAACGACAGAGGAAAUCAAAAAUAGCACAAGAAUUAUGUAAAUGCCGGUUCUUUUCAGGGGAAUGGUCUGAGUUUUGUAAGCUAGUACUAAGUAGUGAGAACUUCUUUGAAAAAUAUGAUCUCAUUCUCACCUCAGAAACCAUUUACAAUCCAGAUUAUUACAGUACUUUGCACCAGACAUUCCUUGGAUUGUUAGAUAAGAAUGGACGGGUGCUUUUAGCAAGCAAAGCACAUUAUUUUGGUGUAGGUGGAGGCACUUACCUCUUUCAGAAGUUCGUAGAAGAAAGGAAUGUAUUUGAGACCAGAACACUUGAAAUAAUUGAUGAAGGACUAAAGAGAUUCCUAAUUGAAAUGACUUUUAAGUAACCGAUUUAUUGUCCACCAAGUGUCCUAAGUGAAAUAAACAGCACAGCCAAAAACUUGUUUCGAAUAUUUGAUUUCUGCUUUGCUGUUAUUUUUUUAAUUAUGAUGUUUGUUUAUCCAAGUAAUAUACCAACUAUAUUAAUAACAUGUACUUGCUAGGGAAGACUGAAUAAAUAGUGUCCAGAGCA